AUGAACAAGCAUGACAACUUGAAUUCAUUCUGUUUUCGACAUUUAGGCAUGACGCUCUCCCUCACACCCUCCUAUCUCUCCCUCACACCCUCCUAUCUCUCCCUCACACCCUCCUAUCUCUCCCUCACACCCUCCUAUCUCUCCCUCACACCCUCCUAUCUCUCCCUCACACCCUCCUAUCUCUCCCUCACACCCUCCUAUCUCUCCCUCACACCCUCCUAUCUCUCCCUCACACCCUCCUAUCUCUCCCUCACACCCUCCUAUCUCUCCCUCACACCCUCCUAUCUCUCCCUCACACCCUCCUAUCUCUCCCUCACACCCUCCUAUCUCUUCCCGCCUACCCUUCCAUCUUUUCAUUCCGCUACCCACCAGGUGCCCAAUCACGUAGCAGCAACAGACGACCCUGUAAUCAUGGCAGCAGUGUUGCCACCAUCUCUCAUGCAACCCCACCCUCCUCUCUGCGCCCCUCCUCUCUGCGCCCCUCCUCUCUUCCCCACAUCCUCCUAUCUCUCCCCUCCCCUCCUUGCCAGGUGGCCAAUCACUGGAGCGGGGAGGGGGCGUGCAGCAGCGGGUGAGUGUGAGUGUGAGUGGGGUAAGGAGGGGAGUGGAGGGUAUGUAGCGACCAGUAAGCCCUCUGCCCCGCCUCUCUCCGCUGGACCCUCUGUGCCUCCCACCGCUGGACCCUCUGUGCCUCCCACCGCUGCUUCUUCUAAACCCCUCCUCGCUGCCCUCUUCACCUCCCUCCGUGCGCUGCCGGUGGAGCGGGGAGGGGGGCUGCAACAGCCGGGCAUGGUGGCAGCAGCACAGCGGCUGGGCGAGGGCGGGUGGGUGCACAUCUUCCCGGAGGGCACUCGCUCGCUGGAUGGCGGCCGCACUGUUGGCCCCAUGCGCAGAGGCGUGGCGUGGCUGGCGGCGCAGUGCACAGUGCCGCGCCUCAUCAUCCUUCACGUCCACCCCGCCACCCUAACCUUCCCCAUCCGAGCACCCCCCUCUCCCCCCAAAUGGUGCCCCCAGGCUGGCAGCGCAGUGCGCACUGACCCCCCUCCUCAUCCUCCAUCACCUCCGCUCCAACCUUCCCCAUCACCCCAACCUUCCCCAUCACCCCAACCUUCCCCAUCACCCCAACCUUCCCCAUCACCCCAACCUUACCCCCCUGGACGGCCGAGCACGGCACAGGACAAACGCGCCAUGUCACAUGCCUUCACGCACGGCCUCAACCGCACUCAACCGCAUUUUAAAAUCUUUCACAAUACCCUGCUGUCCCCCCCCCUUGUGUGCUUGCCUGCUAGUGCUCGUGCUUCUCCGGAUCAAGAGAAUGGAGGUGACAGAGACUCCAUCCACAUCUCCGAUCCCACCUGCUGCAUUCUUACCACCACCAACAUCCUCCCCUCCACCAACAUCCUCCCCUCCACCAACAUCCUCCCCUCCACCAACAGCCUCCCCUCCACCAACAUCCUCCCCUCCACCAACAUCCUCCCCUCCACCAACAUCCUCCCCUCCACCAACAUCCUCCCCUCCACCAACAUCCUCCCCUCCACCAACAUCCUCCCCUCCACCAACAUCCUCCCCUCCACCAACAUCCUCCCCUCCACCAACAUCCUCCCCUCCACCAACUUCCUCCCCUCCACCAACAUCCUCCCCUCCACCAACAUCCUCCCCUCCACCAACAUCCUCCCCUCCACCAACAUCCUCCCCUCCACCAACAUCCUCCCCUCCACCAACAUCCUCCCCUCCACCAACAUCCUCCCCUCCACCAACAUCCUCCCCUCCACCAACUUCCUCCCCUCCACCAACAUCCUCCCCUCCACCAACAUCCUCCCCUCCACCAACAUCCUCCCCUCCACCAACAUCCUCCCCUCCACCAACAUCCUCCCCUCCACCAACAUCCUCCCCUCCACCAACAUCCUCCCCUCCUCUCCCCUUCCUUCCGCUCCCCUGCCAUCCCUCCUCUACUCCCUCGUCCCUGCCCGCACUUCUCCCAGGUGGCACUGA